AGUAACCAUGGUAAUAGACGCAAUGGCCGUGAAGGGCCUGAAUAUAAUUAAUAGUACAAAUAAUGUAUAAUAGAAUAUAAUAGUACAAAUAUUACAUGUAAUUACUACAUAUGAUACUCAAAGUCCUAAUUGUUACUGCCUAAUCAUUGCAGAAAAAGUAAAGAACAGGGAGAACUACUUUGUAAGACAUCGGACUGCUAUCUAACGCUAAGAUAAGGUACCUAGCAUUAGCUUCGUUAGCUUACGCUACUUAACGCUAGCAUAACAUGAAGCCCUGAUAAUCUAGGAGGGGAUUCUUUCUGCUCCAGUUUGACAAAAAUGUUUAUGGAUGAAUCGCUUGAUGUUGUUGGUCUACAAACAUCGUGGAAAAAGACUCACCCACAGGCACACGAUUCGAAAAUCUGUCAAACGAACCAGGUUCAUACCGCCGAAGUUGAAACGCAGGCCAAAUUUUUUUCGGAAAAUGGCACACAGACAGAUCCUCAUGAAUGCCUCGCAGAUCCAUUCCUGCUCGACCGCGACCUCUCAUCUGACUUGCCCGGUUUGAAGGAUUUCUUGUGCCGUGUGGAAGAUAUGGUGAUCGAGGAGCUGGUGAAGAACGCCAAGAGCCAUGCUUUUGAUGGAUUUGAAGUGAACUGGGCCGAUCAGAAUCAGACGGUGUUAUGCUUAUACUGUCUUGGGUAUCCUGAUGCAAGAAAAAAGGGUCUGCAAGUUACCAGUGUGUCUUGGAACUGCACUGGUUCUGUCAUAGCCUGUGCGUUCGGCCGUGUUGACGAUGGAGACUGGAGCACUGAGAGCUCAUGUGUGUGCACAUGGAACCUGGACCGUAGAAACCUGAAUCCAAACCAGCCUGACAUGGUCAUGGAUGUUGCAACACCUGUCAUGUGUGUAUCCUUCCAUCCCAAGAGGCCAUCUCUUAUUGCUGGAGGGCUCUACAAUGGAGACCUGAUCAUCUGGGAUACAAGUCGCACUCAGGACCCUGUUUUAGCACAAACAGGGAUGUCCCCAGAUGCACACAGAGAGCCAGUAUAUGAGGUGAAAUGGGUUCCUGUGGCUCACAGAGGACACCUGAUUGUUCUGAGUGCUUGCUCAGGAGGCAGAGUCCUACUGUGGAGCUUAGAUGGAGUGGAGGGCAAACUAACCUUAAAUUCUGCUUAUGCUCUUGUCAGUCAGCAGCUUCCUCAGACCACUGCAUUCAGCAAGCUACAGACUAAAGGUGGCAUUAACAUAGGAGUGACCUCUCUGACACUGUCACCCUGGGACCCCGACACCUUCCUUGUCGGCUCAGAGGGGGGCCUGGUACUCAAAUGCACCUUCAGCAGUCAGACGGUGGCAGCAGUGCCCUCUGAUGGCGAAAGCGUGACACUACAUGCACCCGCGCAAUUUUCUUUCUCGCCACGAGGUGGACCAAUACAUUCGCUUCACUUCUCUCCAUUCCAUAGGAACCUGUUUGUGAGUGUUGGGACUGAUGGCCUGGCCCAUAUCCACAGUAUACUGCAACCCAGACCACUGCUAGCUCUGCGAGUGUCUGAUUCUUAUGUCUUUGGAGUGCGUUGGUCACCUGUUCGUCCUCUGGUUUUUGCUGCAGUCACUGGACAAGGCUUGGUGCAGGUGUUCGAUUUGGGUCACAAGUCACUCCGGCCAGUGGCCACCAUUGAUCAGAAGACUGGAGGCCAGCCAGCAUACUGUCUGGAGUUCAGCCCCCAGCAGCUCUUGGCGGUGGGCAGUGCAGACGGCACAGUUAACAUUUGGCAGCUGAGUGCUGAGUUAACAGAACAGGGCCCAAGAGAGACUGCCAUUCUGGAACAGCUGGCAAAUGAGGUGGCAGAAUGAGAUGCAGGCCUUCAGUCUGCUGUAUGUCUAUUUUUGAAACUCUUAGGUUAGCAGUACAUAAAUCAUACAAGUGUGUGUAUGUAUAAUGUUCUGUUGCUGUUUAAAGUGGUUAUUUAAAAAAAAUCGUCACUUUCUUUUUAUGAUUUAUAUCCUAUAUAUGACUUCUGUGCUCCAGGUCACACGAAACAACAUUACCAGUUCUAACCAGUAGCGUUUAUUAAUUCACACUGCAGAAUUACGGGUGGUGUUACAGCAUAUUAUCUCUAUAGGUUUCUUAAAAUCAAGCGAAGCACUGAAACAGGAAAAACAAUCACAAAAUGCAGACAAGUCUACUACACUAGUGUUAGUGAAGCACAAAGAAGUGUGAGAUAAAUAGUUAAGAGUAAGAGCAAUACCUAGAUACAGAUAGAGGGUGGUAUAGAGAUUCUAACAUCAGAUUCAUGCAGUUCGGCUGUGUGUCCUUGU